CACUAACUGAGCCGAAUGGAAAAUCCGGUUAGUAAACGUCACUUUUUAAAAUCGAAGCUAUACGAGGAAGACUGCCACACUGUUUGUUGGAGAGUUCAAGUUUUUGGCCACACCAUCUGAGAAUAGAUUUUGAGGAUUCUACAUUGGAUUGCAUUCACCAAUAACAUCUUUGUACUUUGUACGGACAAAUCUAUUCCAUGAGUUCAUCAACAUGUUUCGUUACCAUGGGAUGACUGGUCAGUGAAUCUGUGGAUGUGAAUAUCUUUGCAUCAGUCUCUAGGUCAAUGAGCCACACAACCAUGGGCUUUUGUUCUCCUGUGUACAAGAUUUUGCGAAGGGGAAAGUAUCUUGUACUGCUUGUCCUCUCCCUCUCUUUGCUUGCGUGGAUUCACUUUUCAGGUGAAACGGUGAAAUCUGUUCUGGUUUCUUCUGCCACAACAAAAUCUCCUGUAAAAACAGACAAUCUGAGGGAUAAAAUAAACUUGCAGACAACAGCUCCUGUUGUAUUGAACACUCUAUCGCAAACAGUUGAAUGCCCCAAGGAGUCUCCAUUGUUGCAAGGAGCAGUUAACCUGACCUUUGAAUCCUCUCUGAAACUGAAGGACGUGGAGAAAGACAACAAAGGUGUGGCUGAAGGCGAAUAUGAUCCUUCAGACUGUGCAGCAAGGCAAAGCGUAGCAAUCCUCAUCCCACAUCGAAACCGAGAGAGACACCUCCUCUACCUCCUGAAUCACCUGCACCCAUUUCUGCAGAGGCAGCAACUACACUACGCAAUUUAUGUCAUCCAGCAGGCUGGUGAUCAAACAUUUAACCGUGCCAAGUUACUAAAUGUUGGAUAUUUGGAGGCACUAAAGGACUACAGUUGGGAGUGCUUCAUCUUCCAUGAUGUGGACCUCGUUCCUGAAAAUGAUCACAAUUUAUAUGUUUGCGACAAACAGCCCAGACACUUGGUGGUUGGUCGGAAUGCAACAGGAUACAAGUUACGUUAUAAAGGGUACUUUGGAGGAGUUACUGCCAUGACCAGAGAUCAGUUUCUUCAAGUGAAUGGAUUCUCAAACGCUUACUGGGGCUGGGGUGGAGAAGAUGAUGACCUUCGUAUCAGGGUUGAGCUGCAGAAAAUGAAGAUUGUGCGACCGCCUGCUGAAGUUGCUCGUUACACCAUGGUGUUUCACAAAAGGGACAAUGGCAAUGAAAUAAACAAAGACAGAAUGAGAUUGUUAGGACGAACAUCUCAGGUUUGGAGAAAGGAUGGACUUAACAGCUGCUCUUACAAGACCUUGUCAGUAGAGAGGGUGCCUCUUUAUGUCAAUGUUACAGUGGACAUUGGUAAGCCACAGAGUUGAGAUCUCAAAGACAUUUUUUUUGCUGUGACCAAAAAAAAUGUUAAUGUGUCAGUAAAGUCCACUAAGUGCAGAAAAGCCACUAUAUGUGUACAGGAGGACAUAUUAAGCACACAGAAUGCACAUUGUUUUAGUUGGUUUACAUAUUAACAUUAAUAAGCUAGCAGGUACACUUGGACCUAGCUGACAUGUUUUUGCAUAUUCUUUUUUCAGUUUUACCAGCCUAGAAGACAAAACAAAACAAUUUAAUUUUUAUUGCUUUGUUUGUUUCAGAUAAGUUGGCUUUUAACUGUCAUUUCCUGGAUUGUUCAGUGUUGUGCUGAUACAUCGAGCUAUCAGAUGUUUAUUAGUUGACGCACAGGCCUUUUUUUUUGCCUAGACACUGUUUUAUGUUUCUUUAUGUGGAUGCAUGGAGGUGGGUCCUAAAUCUCCAAGAGAUAUGUUCACUUAUUUUAUGUCUAUUUAAAUCUUCUAGUCUACCUUGGAGGUACACACCGUAACUGACUGUGACUCACAUCUCCCUCACACUCCCUUAGCAGUUUUCACAUUUCAUAUUUCCACAGGUGCAUUGCAUAACACAUAGUAUAUUUUCCAGCUGAGAUCAAAUCAAAGUAACGUGAACACCUGCUUCUGUGUGCGAAGCCUUUGAGACUAAGUUAAUACGUGGAUUUGAUUCCAGACAGCUUGGACUCUUUAAGACUAUGGACUUAUAAGAGAUGUUUUAUUGAGUAUGUUGAAUACAGUUUGUGGGGAAUGUUUAAAGAAACUCUGUCCGUUUUGUAAGAUUAAUGUGCCUUUAAUUGCAAAUGAUUAUUUUAGAUGUAUUUGGUUUUAAAUAUGCCUGUAUCUAUGGGGACAACCUAGAAUAAUGGGUUAGGGUUAGGCAGAGCAUGCCAGUGAUAUCUGUUUAAUCCAAGUAAUGCUACUUAUUGGACAUCCUCCUCAUCUUCCAAUAGUGUUACUACUCUCCCAAACAUAAAAUAUGUGAUUUAAAAAAAAAUGAAAACAGAAUGACAGUCUUGUUAUGCAGCAGAUGACAAAUGAACCAUGAUUACAGGUGAAGAAAAAACUCGAGCAAUAAGUAUGACAUAAUGUCCUGGUGUUGGUAUUCAAUGUAAUUGUCUGUCUGCUGUAGAAUCAGCCUAAAUUCUUCUAUUUACAAAACAUGGCCACGCUUUGAUGUUAAAAUCCUGAGGACUAGUUUUAUGAGCUAUGAUAAGAUGUGUUAUGUUAAUGUCAUGUUAUUGUAAAGCCUCACAUGAUUGAUUUUAGGGAGGAUUAUUUGGGUGGUGGAUUAUUUGUUUCAUGUUUUGUUUCAUUAUUACUCUCACAUUUUAAAAUCUUAAUUGUAAUCUUUUAAGACCAUUUGAUAAAACUUUUUCUCACUUUUAUCAUGUGAACAAAUUUGUGUCUACAAGAGUUCGAUUGUUGAUCUUUGCUUACUGCUUAGAAAUUGUCUGUUACACAUAUCAGAUUUGUUAAAUGAGUUUGUUUCACUUUAAAGAGAGAAGGGCUGGGCGAUACCUCAAUAUUAUAUCUCGAUAUAUUUGUAAACGAGAUAUAACACGGGACAAUAUCGCUUGUAUCGAUAUAUAUCAUUUUGCGUUUAAAUGACAAUACGUUGGCCGCAAGUCCGCAGCUAUUUCUCCUCCCCUCCCUCUCCCUCACUCUGUGACCACAAGCACCCUAGGAGAGGUUAAUUUCUGCUAUAAAUGUGUACAGUUUCUUUGCAUGGGGAUUAUUUAUUUGCUUUGGACAUUUUUGUAACAAGGACAGUUCAUUCGUAAGAGCAGUUGUUUCCAAAUUUGUUUUACAGAUAUAACAGUUUUCUACAUUCAAUUUAAAUCUGCUUUUUAUGAAUUAAUUUGAGGGAUCAAUGUUGUUCAUAGUUUUAAAAUGAACUUCUUUACACUUUGGGAGAAUUGGAAAUUUUAAAUAUCUUGUUCAAAUUAUUGAUACAUCAGAAUUGUUAUAAUUUCUCACAGCGAGUGAGCCUGCCUUAAAAGCUUGUUACAUUUUUCGUUUACUCGUUCCACAUCAUCUACCUUUACUUUGUCUUUAUCAACUGGAUGAAGACUCUUGGGAUAUUCUGUGUGACUAGGAUCCGGCGCUUCCGGAUGACGUCACUUUUUGUCAAAUACAUACUCGUAAAAAUUCAACCACGUUCGUAUUCAUUCGGCUCGGCCUUGCGAGAUCGACUCGAAUACGUAGUUUUACAUUUCACAAAUUGUAAAGUGCAGUAUGAGGAGUGUGUCAGAACACAUGUCUGUGUGACAUUUGGCACGUGGCUUUAAUUAAUAACUGACUGUUUGUUUUUUAAAGGGUUUGCCUCUGACUGGGAAAAAAAUAAUCUAAUAUGCUAUAAUGCUUUGGGGGAAACCCCAAUUACGUCACCAAAAAAAGUAUCAAUAUAUAUCGAGUAUCGCCAUUAAGCUAAAAAAUAUCGAGAUAUGACUUUUAGUCCAUAUCGCCCAUCCCUAAAAGAGAGCUGUAGUUGUGUAACAAAUAUGACAUGUUUUCAUUUACGGCAUCAGAAAAUGUUACUUCUUUCAAGAGCAAUACUGCUAACUAAACAGCAUCGUUAAAGUUGGUUUUCUGUUACGUCCUAUUUGAUACUCAUAAUGGUAAAGAUUAGAGUUACAAAAUAUCUGUUACUAAGUUGCGUCUGUAUCUGUAUUGUUGCACUGUCAAUGAAUUAACUUCUAUAAAUCAGCAGUAUGCUGUAGCCAUUAAGAAGUUUGCAAUGUUGUUGGUGGCCUGACUGUCUGGUUCAAGAUCUUCAUUCCUGAAUGUUUGUUUUGAUUUGUUACAAUUAUAUUUUAAAAAAAAAAAAAACAGUUAAGUGCAUAUAUAUUUUUUUUUACUCCUCUUUGAGUUUUUGUGAAAUUGUUAUCACAAAGCAAUUUGUGAAUUUAAGAAUUUUCCUCAGAAUUUUAUCCAGUAGUCAGAACUAUUUGUUUAGAGAUUAUAUGUCAUGUUUAAUGUGAGCUGAUGGGAGACUAGUGAUCAUGGAAGAAAAUUUUCAUUCAAUUAUAAUUCUAUUCUACA